AUGGAGCUCGAAGGUUUUACCAUCAGAAGUGGGAGAAAACCUUUGCCCUUCGUCUUCUUCGACAUCAUGGGUUUAGAAUCUGAAGCAUUGGUUGGGUCACAAACAGAGGACAUCAUCAGUGCUGUGUUUGGCCACGUGCAGGAUGGCUAUAAAUUCAACGAGGAGCGGCCACUCAAUUUUCAGGAUCAAGAAUAUACCACAAAACCCAACCUCUCCGAUGAGUGUUUCUGCCUGGUUUAUAUCAUAGACGCAGAUACAUUCCAUCUUAUGGAUGAUCGGCUUUUUGACAAGCUGAAGAUCAUCCGCAAGAGAAUCAGUGAUAAAGGCAUUGCCCAAGUGGUUGUCAUGACCAAAGUGGAUGAAGCAUGUCCACUGGUCGGAAAUGAUCUAAAGAAGGUCUACACGAGCAAGAGGAUCAAGGAUAAGAUUGUGCAGUGCAGUCACAAACUGGGUGUGCCACUGACAAGCAUCUUCCCAGUGAAGAACUACCAUGAUGAGAUCAACACAGAAGAUGAUGUUGAUGUUCUGAUACUGAAGGCUCUUGAACAGAUUGUUGAGAGUGCACAUGAUAUAUUGUUGGAUAAGAAAAAAUAA